UGUUAGCAACGAGACGCCAUUGUCAAGGGUAACUAGGGAAAUACCGGAAGUUGACAUUCCAAAACGAGGCUGCAUAGGAACAAGAGGUGAAACAGAAGUUGGUGCUAAUAUGGAUUCUGCCUAUCUAAAGAAACAGUUGGGGUCCUGCCUUGCGACUUGCUUGGCAGAAGUAGCAGAAAAAAGGCCACGGGAUCCAGUAGAAUACAUUGCACAAUGGCUGUACAAGAUGAAAGAAAAUGAACAAUAUAAAGCCCAGAAAGAAAAUGAAAAGAAGAUGCUUAUUCUAGAACAAGACAAUUUUGAAAAAGAGAAAGAAAUUCAAGCAAGAAGGAAAGAAGAAGCCAUGAAAAUUGCAGAAGAAGAUGAAGAGAGGAGGAAGGCAGAGGAGGAGCGUGCUAAGAAAGAGAGUUCAUCCCCAACGAAGCUUCCUCCUGUGAUGGAGGCGCAGGAGCCCACAGAGGAGGAGAUCAAACCGACUGUGGCCCAAACACAGGAGGAGAGCGCACCUGAGGCUACAGAGGAGGCUGAAAAACCCAGCGAGGCAACAGAGACACCUGCAGCAGGCGAGGCAGAAAAAACAAGUGAAGAAACGACGGAGGAGACAUCAGCACCAAAAGAGGAGGAACCUGAGCAAGCAAAGGAGGAGGGAGAGGCUCCAGCAGAGGGAGAAGCAUCAUAAAUAGAUAGAUAGACCUAGUAAUUCUAAGUCACAAAAAUCAAAAUUAUCACAUCAUUGACCAUGAGGCAUUUACAAAAGUAGAUAGGAUAUAAUUAUGACCAUCUUUAAUGUUGGUAAAGAACAGAAAAGGAAAUUUAAGAUCUAUAAUUUCAAGUUGCAUGCAUUUGCAAAGAUGUUUUCAUUAUUUUGGAUUACAAUCAAGAGCUACAAACUGUACAUUUAUACCUUAAACUUGGGUCAAAAUACUUGUGUGGGAAGAUGUACAAAGUUUGUGAUUACUGGUUAAACUGUGAUAUCAAAGAUUAUAAUGCAGCGGGACAGUUUCUUCUGUUGGCUGCAAAGGUCGCUGACAUUGUACACAAAACUUGUACACUGUAACAAAAGCUUGGCUGGAUGUAUUAGUUGAAGUGUGGAAGGUUGCGUGAAUGUGCAUGUUGAAAAGUUGUAAGAAGGGAGACAACUCUUGCAUUUUUAGCCAAAAUUACCCGUGUGCAAAUGUUAUAUUUAAAAUUGUAUAAUAAAAUAUAAAAGAUUUGA